UUCUAGCGGCACGAAUGAGACUGAUGUGAUUCUGUAAAGACAAAAGUGGCGUAAAAUCAAAAAAUUGCACUGAAAAGUGAAAUUGAAAAUUCGAAAAAAAUCGAAAGUGACUUUGAAAGUGAGAAAACUCCGACCAGAAGCGGCGACCAACCGGCUGAGAAAAGCGAAAUUUGCAGCUAAAUUACGCAAUUGGGUGUUGAUGUGAACGACGAGCGCGAUUGGUGUGACAAAAGAAGCGUGCAAAAUUAAAAAACAAAAAAAUAAAUAAAAAUAUUAGAAUACAAAUAAAUCAAUUGUGGCGGAAAAUAGUCAAAAUUAAAAGUGACAACUAAUCAGCAUGACGUUGUGUGUGUGCUAGCGUAGUGGCAGUAUCCAUGCGGCAGCAUUGUCGUGCGCGUCGCCCCAAUGCAACUUGACUCCAUGGCGUUGCGCUGUCAUCGCCAAUAGAGAUCGACAAAUGUCCAUGCGACAAUUUUGUUAAUUAAUUGACUCCUAAUUGAAUUAAUGCGCAAACACACACAACUCACACACACACACGCACGCUUACUGGCAACGCAUAUUCAGCGUGGCGCUGCCAGUUAGUAUAACCAGUGGUCCAGUCAGCGAAAUUCGACACUGAUUUGCGCUAAUUUAAUGAUUUUCACUGCUCGCGCGUCUCUCCUCUCCUCUCGUUUCCUGCGCACACACUUUUUAGCUGCUUCUUCUACUUGUUCUUCUUCUUCUUCCUCCUCCUCCUCUACGCUUUUGUGCAAGUGCGCUUGUGUACGUGUAAAUUACGAUGCUUAACUAUCACGAACCACAACACCAACAGCAACCACAGCCAAUGCCGCAAUUGAGUAGCUCAAUUGCUAAUACCGACAAUUUCUAUUAUCCACAAACGUCAAACGUGCCCACGCUGACAUUGCAAAAUGCUGGCAACGGUGCCGGCGGCGGCGGCGGCUGCGGUAAUGGUGGCGGUGGCGGUGCCGUUGUUGGUGGUGACCGUAGCAUGACAGCGCCAUCAUCGUUGAAUCAUCUGCACAACCUGACUCACCAUAAUGCAUUCGGUGCGCAUAAUUGCAAUGCCAACAACAACAACAACACCAACAAUACUUCCAGCAUCAAUUCCAAUACCAUUAAUAUGAGCCCACACCAAGUAGUGGCUGGCGCAGCCGCUGGUACAACCUAUCGACAACAACAGCAGCAACAUCACCACCCUCACCUUCACCAGCACGCACAGCAGCAGCCACAAUCAGAUAGAAUUGCCGUCGGCGGUGAGGUUACUGCUGCUGCCACUACCGAUGCUGGCUGCGGCGGUUCUUGUUCGCCCGAUGAACUUACAAAAAUCGAAGAUAACUAUCCCUUGCACGUUGUCGGCAGUAAGCAUUCUGAAAAUGUGAAACGUUUCUCCGUGAACAACUUGUUAGAAUUGGCCAAUGAUUGCCGCAUUUCGGGCAAAUUGCAGCAUCAGCAUCAGCAGCGACAGGAGAAUUUGGAUGGCACGCAAAUCAACGAUCUAGAUGACAGUUUUCGUAGCAGCAGCGACGAUUAUCCGGACGCGUCCAGCUUAAUGGGCACGCCACACACUCACCAUCCACAGCAGCAGCCUUUACAACAACACCAUACCCAACACCUGCAGAGCCUCUCCUCGCACAUGUUGCCACAUCAUAACCAACCACAGCAAAUUCACUCGCAACAUUCACAGCAUCCUCCAGCAGCGACGGCACCAUCGGCCACGCAACAACUUUCACGCAAGCCGCGUCGUAAUCGCACCACAUUCACCUCUGGCCAAUUGACUGCUUUGGAAAAGGUUUUCGAACGCACCCACUAUCCGGACGCAUUUGUGCGCGAGGAGCUGGCCACCAAAGUGGGUCUGAGUGAGGCACGUGUACAGGUUUGGUUUCAAAAUAGACGCGCGAAAUUUCGUCGCAAUGAACGCAGCUCAACGAGUGGCCGCUCGAUAUUGGCGGGCACACCUCAGCCGGUGCCACCCAUCAGCGUCACGCACAAAUUCGAUAAAGGCAUUUCCGGUAGUUGCAGUGCUGGUGGAUUUUUCCAUCAACAAAUUGAAGAUGCGGCCGCAGCAGCCGCCGCUUACACGCUGAGCUUCCCCACACUUGGCAUGUAUUCGUCCGCAGCGGUGGCCGCGGCUGCUGCAAAAAAUUAUGCAAAUUCCUAUGGUGCCUUUGGUAGUGCAACAUCGGUGGCAUCCACUGCGAGUGGUCUCAAUGGUGGUGGAGGUGGCGGCUUCUUUGGCUCUUCGAAUUAUUGUGCGCCUGCGACUGGCUAUCAACACAGCUAUGCACCGUUAAGGUAUAAGGCGGCGCAGGGCUUUUCGGCGUUAUAAGCGAGAGCUGCGUGGAGGGUGGAGAGUGAAGCGUAUAAGUGAAUAUAAAGUACA